CCAAUCGUCUUUAAGAUAAACACAGCGUUGCGUCAUUGUUGUUUCAGCACUCUAAACUCCAGCUGUUUACAGACAUUUCACCUUCAUUCGAGCCUCCACAGCCGUGAAAGAACCAAGACUACAACGCAAAAAUGUCGAUCCAGAAGGAUGCUUCCUCUGACGAGAGUUUGCAAGGUUCCUGGGUUGAGCUGCAUUUCAGCGGGAAUGGGUCUCAGGGGACAUGUCACCGAGGAGGCCAGGAGGAGCAGAUCUCCACGUCCAGCCAAGAGGGCGACGCGGUGGAGCGAAUGUUGCUGGAAGCACAACACGAGUCCGGCAGAAGCAGCUCAAGAGGAAGCUCCCACUGCAACAGCCCUCUCAGAUCACAGACCCCUCUUCUGGUGUGGAGAGGCUCGGAGGGGAACAGCUCACAGUCAGAUGAAGACUUCCAGGAGAGGAAGCGGGAGGUGGAGAACCUGAUGAAGAAAAAUGCUGACUGGAUCUGGGACUGGUCCAGCCGACCGGAAAACAGCCCUCCCAAGGAGUUCCUGCUGAAGCGCCCCAAGCGUGCGUCUUCUCUCAGCAUAAGGAACAGCAGCGUCAUGAAGAAGGGAGGAAUCCUGUCCGCUGACUUUCUCAAGCUUUUCCUUCCUUCGUUAAUCAUUUCUCACAUACUUGCUGUUGGCUUAGGGAUUUACAUUGGGAAGCGCCUUACUUCCCACCACACCUACUAAAAAUGGGGGAUGAAUGGUUGCACACCUUACUUCAAACAGCUCGGCAUGCCUUAAAAAUGAGACACCCUGCAGCGGAAGAGGAAAAGUGGCCUCAGGUUGUGGAGAGCUGUGACAUUUUCUCAGCCGUUUUGCAGCCUAAACCUCUGAGCGCAGCAGCGACCGAUCCGCUGCACCAUCUGUCCUAUAGAGGACAGUUCUGCUGCUUUUUGCUCCUGUAAUCUGCAUGCAAAGGAACUGACUGGUACUCAACUCAUGUAUUUUAUUUUUUUCAAAUUAAUCUUUGAGAUCACGUGCUGUGAAAUUUAAUUUUUUUGAUCAACAAAUAUAUAAGGGAACUGUGUGAAUUUUUUUUCUUUUAUGCAUCGAAGGAAUCAACAGCAGCACUUGUAGAUGAAUAAACGGUUAGAUAGUGAAA